GUGAGGUUGCUUUUUUUACUUGCAAUUGCUUGAAUAUUAAAUUAUGGAAGUUGAAAUUAUAUUCUUUAUUAAGAAUCAAUGAAAAAUAGAAUUGAAAUAGAAGUGAUUGGAGGAUUAAUAAUAUUAGCUGAUAUAAGAAAGAGAGCUCAAAUUCCUUUUUCUACUUGGUUACCUGCUGCUAUGGCUGCUCCAACUCCUGUUUCUGCUUUAGUUCAUUCUUCAACUCUUGUAACUGCUGGUGUUUAUUUAUUAAUUCGUUUUAAUAUUUUAUUAAAUAAUUCUUUUUUAGGCCAAUUAUUAUUAUUAUUAUCUGGAUUAGGGGCUAAUUUUGAAUUUGAUUUAAAAAAAAUUAUUGCCCUUUCUACAUUAAGUCAGUUAGGGUUAAUAAUGAGGAUUUUAUCAAUAGGACUUUAUAAAUUAGCUUUUUUUCAUCUUUUAACUCAUGCAUUAUUUAAGGCAUUAUUAUUUAUAUGUGCAGGGGCUAUUAUUCAUAAUAUACAAAAUUCACAAGACAUUCGUUUAAUAGGGGCACUGGGAAUUUAUAUACCUUUAAGCACUUCUUGUUUUAAUGUUGCUAAUUUAGCUUUAUGCGGAAUGGCUUUUUUAGCUGGAUUCUAUUCUAAGGAUAUAAUUUUAGAAAUUGUUUCAUUAAGUUAUAUAAAUUUUUUUCUUUCUUUUUAUACUUUUUUCUACUGGAUUAACAGUUUGUUAUUCUUUUCGAUUAAUUUAUUAUCCAAUAACAGGAGAAUUAAAUUGUGGUUCUUUAAAUAUACUAAGAGAAGGGGGUUGAAUUAUACUUCGUGGAAUAAGAGGUUUAUUAAUUAUAAGAAUUACUUAGAUCAUUAA